AUGAUCAAAUGCCUUAGCACAUUACGAAGUCAUAGUUAUCGUACAUUAUUGGAUGCUCUUAUUCCAGCAUUGUCAGUUCUCAAAGAGAAAUUGACUGCCGGAGAUGAUCCUGUUGAAGCAUUUGUUCUUUCUGCUGAAGCAGUAGUUGCUGGUGCUGAAUCAACUAAACACAUGCUAUUUUUGGUAAAGAGAAAUAGUAAACUUAAAAUCAAAUCAAAACCUAACACGAGUCAUCAUGUAUUGAACUCAGAUCUUAUCUCCAAUUCGUUUCGUAAUGCUAAAAAAAAUGGUGAUGUGACAUUGCAUUUAGAAAAAAAGUAA